ACGCUUUUGCUUUAAAAUUGAAAGCUGGUCAAAGCACUCUAACUUAGCAGCCUGCAACUAAUCAAAUUUCCUCUCAUUAUAUAUUUUCAAUUUUCAUGUAUGAAUAGCUGCUGAUAUUGCCUCCUUUUAAGGUGUGAAACUUUUGUAUUGACCUUCUUCACAUCCUUUGCAAUGGGUGGCCUAUCAAAUAGAACAGUCACUAAGCUCGGCAUUUUCUUCCAAAUUUCAACAAUUUUUGUGUUUUUUUGGAGAAUAUGCUUGGCAAAAUAUGUUCCUGCAAAUUUUGUGUUUGGGGAUUCUCUGGUCGAUGCCGGAAAUAACAACUACCUUGUGUCACUCUCCAAGGCCAACUAUCUUCCUAAUGGAAUCGAUUUCGGAAAGCCAACUGGAAGAUACACAAAUGGAAGAACAAUUAUCGACAUCAUAGGUCAGCAACUUGGCUUCAAGGGUUUCAGUCCCCCUUACUUGUCUCCAACAACUGCUGUGCCGAAAGUUCUGCAGGGUGUAAAUUAUGCUUCAGGUGGAGGUGGAAUUCUCAAUCACACAGGAAAGAUUUUUGGAGGUCGAUUAAACAUGGAUGAACAGCUAGAUUUCUUUGCUAAUACCAGGCAAGACAUUAUCUCCAGCAUUGGCCUUCCUGCAGCUCUGCAGCUAUUAAGCAAGGCUCUCUUCUCCGUAACAAUGGGCUCGAACGAUUUCAUUAACAACUACUUGACGCCGGUGAUCUCAGCUCCUGAGCAAAAAUUUAUACCUCCGGAAACAUUUGUGGGAAUUCUGAUUUCAAGAUACAGACUACAACUCACAAGACUGUACAAUUUGGGAGCAAGGAAGAUUCUUGUGACAAAUGUAGGACCAAUUGGGUGCAUACCCUAUGAGAGGGAUACAAAUCUUGAUGCAGGAGAUUCCUGUGUCGAAAAACCAAAUCAGUUAGCGCAAUUGUUCAACCCUGAGUUGAAGAGCCUUCUCACGGAGCUUAACGCCAACCUUGAGGGAUCCAAAUUUGUGUAUGCAGAUGUUUAUGGCAUUGUAAAUGACAUUACUCGGAACCACAUAUCAUUUGGUUUUGUGAACGCAAAUUCUGCAUGCUGUCAUGUGGCGGGGCGCUUCGGGGGUCUGAUUCCGUGCGGUCCUCCGUCCAAAGUUUGCAGGGAGAGAUCAAAGUAUGUGUUCUGGGAUCCCUACCAUCCUUCUGAUGCUGCUAAUGUAAUCAUAGCAAGACGUCUCUUGUAUGGAGACUCCAAUGACAUUUCACCCAUCAAUGUUCUGCAACUCAUUCAGUCUUAAAUCUGUUGGCUGGAACAAAAGUGCAGUUAAAUGAAUAAUGUUAAUUAUUCUACAAAGAAUUUAGUAAUUAUUAUUUAAUUAUUAUCCUUUUUUCUUCUUCUUUUGGGUUCUUAAUAUAUAAAUCUCAUUGUUUUAUUGGGUAGUAAUUGCCAGCAUCGUUGCAACAAAAAAAAAAGAUGGGAAAGAAAGAGUGCAUAAAAAGAAUGUGCCCAGAAGAGCUUCCUGAUUAUAUAAUAUUGUUGUAAUAAGCUUCAUGAAGAAUAAAUGAGAGAUACGCAGUGGAUUGUCUUA